AUGUUUAAGCUAAAGUCAGCAGGAAGCAGCAGCCGAUCCAUGUUCAAGUUCAAGCCACUAAAGAUGUUGCUCAGUCGAAAGAAGAAAAAAUCCACCAGCAUUGACAAAGAGGACCCAACAACGUCAAGUAGUGAAAGCAGCAAUCAUGGUUAUAUUCUCACAAGAAGCAGAAGUGAGACGCCUCCAACACCAACAAGCGAGACUCAGAGCUGGAAGACUGACCUAGUUCGUGCCUUUCUGAAGAAAUGGAACCAACAUGACAUGGAUGGUGCCAGAGAAAUGGUUACCAACGAUUUUGCCAUUGGUUUUGCAGCAGCAGACAACAUGGAGAUGGACUAUGAUGAAUAUGCUGCCGAGGCCAAGAAAAUCUAUGAUGCCUUUCCAGACUUUCACUUUUGUUAUGAUUCCAUCGAAGAGCGCAAAAAUGAUGGAGUAGUUGUCUUGCACAACUUGAUUGUCAAGAACGUUACAACCCAGCUCCAUGCAUUUGGCCAGCCCGCAUCAUUAUUAUCAGGGACGAGACACGAUACUAUUCCCGAAACACUCUACUUUCACUUUGAGGAUGGAAAGAUCUGCAAGCAAAUUGUUGCGACAGAAGAAGAUGAAACGAAGGGUUCUCUAGGCUCGUAUACAGAGAUGUUUCUCUGUUUCAGUCUACCCGUUGAUUUGGCCUCUGCACUCAGUUCGAUGUAG